AUGGACAAACGACGACGACGACUACAACAACCGACCAUCACCAUCACCACCGUAACUGUCCCGAUUAAACCUCAGCUCGGAGACUCGUUUUACGACUUGACCGGCUGGCGAAAGCUCCAUCCAUCGGGGGAGCACUGGAUCGAUCGCUUCGCGGAGCGAGACGCGACAGACGUGAUGGCGGCGUUCCACUCGGACGAUGCGUUUGACCGACUCAAGACGCUCCCUGUGGUCAAGGGGAAGGCUGGCGUGGAGCCCGAUGACGUCACUAAGAACUACAGGGCGUUCCGGAAGGAGCUGGUAGACGCUGGUUGGUUUGACCGGGUCUGGUACAAAGACGCCUCGGUCCUUGCCUUGCAACUCGGCGCCUUCGCCGCGGGCGUCCUUGUAACGCGUGUUAACCCGUGGCUCGGUACCCUCGUGAUGGGAAUGGCUCACACCACGGGCGGCUGGCUCGCGCACGACAUGGUGCACGGUCGCGGGAGGUACUGCACCGCGAUGCGACACUACGGGGCGCUCAUGUGCGGGCUGAGCUCCAGGUGGUGGUCGGAGAAGCACAAUCUGCACCACGCGUUCACCAACGUUAUCGGGGCCGAUGAAGACAUCAUCGUAGAGCCCGCGCUGUGGCUCUGGGCGCCGGACGACGGUCGCGACAGACCGUGGAGGAAGUUCCAGCACCUCUACUGGCCCCUGCCCUUCUCUCUCACCUUUCUGCUUUGGCGCUUUGGCUCCGUCAAGACCGCAAUCUCGGAGAAACUGAAGCUCGAGGGAGCUCUCUUGGCGCUGCACUACUGCUGGCUGCUGGCCCUGGUGCCCCUCCCCGUCGCCAUCGGGCACGUCUUCGUGGGCGGCUGGCUGACGGCGACCAUCGUCACAGUCACGCACACCGCCGAGGAGUUCUCGGUGAAGGACGAGCCGGCCCACCCGUCCUCGCCCUUCGAGGAGGAGGGCGACGCUUCUUUCGUGGAGACCCAGUUCAAGACCACCAGGGAUGCUGUCUGCGGGGACCCCUUUUCGGAGCACUUGUGGGGCGGCAUGCAGUACCAGCUGGAACACCACUUGUUCCCGACCCUGCCGCGGUACAAGUACCGCGAUCUCGUGCCACUGGUGCAGAAGUUCGCGGAGGAGAACGGCCUGGAGUACAAGUCAACUGGCAGCUGGGAGAUCAUCCGGGACAACAUCAUGCAGCUGAAACGGGUAGGAGAGGCGCCGACGAACCCUGGAUCUCCUGAGCCCGGCCAGCUCGUGAUUAACAAACCAAUGUAGAAAAAGUAAGAAAAACACGACUUGCGACUAUUAUUGUCGUCAAGAUGGCAGUUUGGGUGGAAACUUACGAUCGUGUAUGCUUCGACGACUGUAGUGUGCGUGAAACAAGAUUGUUUUGAUCGGCAUCGGAACCGCUUCAGAGUGUGGACUAUACAGCUGUCGAACUGUGAACUCAGGCGUUCUUGUCCAACAAUAAGUGCUUGAAUAUCACGGAGGUUGGGCCGAUGAACAAUGUCGCAUCGCAUGCCGUUACAGCAGCAGCAGCACAGCGACAACAAGGCUGUUAGCGUUGAGUUUACAACGGAGUGCAAAGGCAAAACUGCCCCCGUUCUUAACGUGUGGUCAGCGAAAACGUUUGGCGAUCGUUUAUUUGUUGGGUAGUGUAAUUACUCUCGUGAGGAUAUCAAGCUUUUCCCCCCGUGUAGCAUGGCGGCGGUUGGUUGAUAGGGGGAUAGAAUUUUUACCCGACGCAAGGUGUCGCGGGGAUAAGGGGCGUGGCAGACCGGGGAUAGAUUGUGGGUGUUUGUGGGUGGGAGUUUCGGCGUGCGGUUUGAGACCCUCUAGCGAUGCUGUUUUCUGCGGCAGCGCGCCGUUUUUUUUUUUGUCGAUUAGGCCAAUAUGAUCUCCAGGCUCCGGGAAAUAGAAGAACAAAAAACAUAAGGUACUGCUGUAGUGCAGCACCUCUCACCACAAGGUGCUGGGUACGGGGCGGAUGGAAGGUUGGGGUGGAUGAGCUCUUGCUAGGUGUAUGAGUUCAUUGCAACCGUCUAUUUCGUGGUUGGUGUUUAUUUGAGGGGGAUAUAUUCUCCUUUUGUAUGCAUACGGAACAGGCACGUGCGUGUUUUCUGGUUGUGCAUCGAAGACGGUAAGGUUGCGGUAGGAGGCCUUCCUUUUCUUUGCACGGACCAGGCGUUAGACCUUGUUAGCUCGACUCGUUUGUCGCACGAGCAGUGACACUUUUUGCGCCAAGGUCAAAAUCAGCUGAUGUUCGCCUUACGCAAAAAGCGUUUCCCCUAUUUUUUUCAGUUGUUUUUUUUAGCGUUUUCCCGUCAGGCUGGUUCACGAUUGUAGCGUUUACAUCUAGAGCCCCCGGGACAUGAUAGAGACAAUGAUUAACCUGGUUCCUCGAAGGUAUCUACGGAGAUGUGCAAGCGUCUUAACGCGCACUGUUGUCUUAGUUGGAACGUGAAAUGUAUCGUCGGAAGCAUGGUUGAUAGUUUUGUGUCAGGAAACUGCUUGCUGAAAGUGCUGAGACUAGUUGAACUGGUUCCUCGAACGUACCGAGGGGUGCAUGUGCCUGAAGUAACGGAUCGCGCAAUCUCGUCGUAGUUGGAAAGUGCAUUGUAUCGUCGGAUACAUGGUUGCAUGAUUUGAGUCAGGAAGCUGCUUGCUGUAAUGUGCUGCUGUGCCUGUGUCGAAUGGGUCGGCUGUCAAAGCGCAGUCCACGGCAGCACUACUGUUGCAGGAUGCUGAUUUCUGUUAUGUAUCCGUUUAGACGUAUUUUUUCACGGUACAGAGGCGAUCUGCGUGGUUGCCCAUGCGCGGGUGGUAUUCCUGCUCCUAUUUUGCUUCCGUGUUUGUUGCGAACCUGCGGCUAUCGAAGCCAUGGACAGUUGCGUAGGAAGAAUGUUUGCAUGCAUGUUUGUGGGGACAACUUGAGUCUGUGUGGCUUCGACAAAAGCAGCACAGCUUGAAUCAGGGUCGACCCAAUCACUGGUCCUUCCCACUCGUCAGUGCAAGCUGCUAGGCUAGAGUUGUUUUGCCCAGUUUUGAAGGCUGCAGUCUGUGUUGUCUCUCUGAGUGUGCUUUCUCGGGCAUGACAUGACA